CACCCUCGCGCCCAAAAUCAGUCAUCUAUACAUAGAAUAUACAUGAACAACCAACCGAUGUACCCUUCAACGAUAAUCAACAUCAAUUUUCGCACCGGCAAUGGCGUACAUAUCCCCAUCUCCCUGUCUCCUACCCCGCAGUUCGCAUUGGCAAGUCCCAAGACAGGUGUAGAUUAUGAUGAUCAUCCAAGGAAAAAGCUCGAGAAGAGAAGAAAAAGUGUACAAGAUUUACAAAUGAGGGGUAGUGUAACGUCGUAUGGUAUCGUGGAGAAAUAAGUGGAUACUGGUUGUUCGUAUGAAUCAGUUGGGAAAUGUUAAAGAUGUUGGUUUACCCCAGGAUUCUGGGAAUUCGUAUCUUUUCUGAGGAAUUGAGCUGCUCGUUCUUUGCUUUCUUAUAUUUUGAAGUCAAUCAUGGGGUUUUUAUCACAAUGGCGGGCUUUGCUCGUGGGUUUGGCGAUCUUGGUUGAUAGAGGUGCUGGAAGUCAAAUAGAAAGGGACUUUGAUGUGUUCAAAUAUGUCAACCCAUUGAUUGGGACUGAUAACGGAGGUAGGCUUGAUUCUUGUAAACUGUUGAAUGCAGAUAUAUAUUGAUGUGACUGCAGGUCAUGUGUUUCCUGGGGCCACUUUACCCUUUGGUAAGCUCUUUUGCCUCCGAAGACCUUCAUGAAUUGAGCUCAUUAGUUCCAAAGGAAUGGCAAAAGCAGUUGCAGAUAUAAACAAUCCGGAUGAAAAGCAAGGAGGUUUUGCUUCAGAUAAUUCUGACAUCACGGGGUUUUCUCAUAUGCAUGAUUCUGGUACGGGAGGUGUGAGUAACAGCAUUCAUAUGAAAAUUUCUUGACUGAUCUAUCUCACAGUCACCAUCACUUGGAAAUUUCCCAUUAUUUCCACAAACUGGAUGCCCUGGGGAUAUUGUGAAUAAUUGUUUCUUUACCAAAACUGAUCGAGCAUCGAGGCGAAUCAAUGGGACUGCCGAGGCUCACCCGGGAUACUUUGCGGUAUCUCUGAACACUUCUAUUCAUACAGAAGCAACAGUCACAAAUCAUACUGCGCUAUAUCGGUUCACAUUCCCCUCAAACUCAACAUAUAGCUAUUCAAAUUCUACCCAGCAGACCUCCUUACCAUACAGUCCUCUUAUUCUAGUAGAUUUAACCGACUUACCAGAUUCUCGUUCAAAUGGUUCGGUUCAAGUCGAUCCGGAUACAGGGCGACUCUCCGGAACCGGAACUUUUAAUCCUUCGUUUGGGAUUGGAAGUUAUGACUUACAUUUCUGUGCCGAUUUCAAAGGUGCAGAAAUUCGAGACACGGGAGUCUUCAAGAAUAACCGUGCCGGGAGCCAACCCAAAAAUUUAAGUGUCACUCCUGAUGGUGUAAACUCACCUCCCCUCCCAGCCGGAGCUUGGGCACAAUUUAAAGCACCUGCCAACAACCAAAUCCUCGCACGAGUAGGCGUUUCAUUCAUCAGCAUCUCAAAAGCAUGCCAAAACGCCGAAACCGAGAUCCCAGAUUUCGACUUUGAGAAGGUUUUAAUUGCUGCAGAAGAUGCCUGGAGAGAAAAACUUUCUGUUAUUAGUAUUGAUGCUACGGGUGUAAGUGAUGAACUUCAGACGGUCUUUUGGUCUGGAGCUUAUAGGGCUAUGAUUUCACCUCAAGAUUAUACUGGGGAGAACCCAUUGUGGGAUAGUGAUGAACCUUAUUAUGAUUCUUAUUAUUGUAUCUGGGAUUCGUUUAGGAGUAUUCAUCCGUUGUUGACUUUGCUGGAUCCUUAUAGUCAGACGCAGAUGGUGAGGAGUUUGAUUGAUAUUUAUCGUCAUGAAGGUAUGCUUCAAAGUUCACUCCGGAGAAAGAAUUGUCUCUAAUAUAACAUCUUUCUAGGUAAGCUUCCGGAUUGCCGAAUGUCGCUAUGUAAAGGAUACACCCAAGGGGGUUCGAAUGCAGAUAUUGUUCUAGCAGAUUCUUAUCUGAAGAAUAUCACACAAGAUGUGGAUUGGGCAACAGCUUAUGAAGCAGUAGUAUCUGACGCUGAAGGUACGUCAGGCCGAUAAGAAUUUCCAUAUCAUAUCAUUAACAGCACAUAGAUGAACCAGCAGAUUGGUCCAUCGAAGGUCGAGGCGGUCUAACCUCCUGGAAAACUCUCGGUUACAUUCCAACGGACGACUUUGACCCUUAUGGAGUGGGACCUAUGACACGAUCCAUCUCCAGAACCGUAGAAUACGCCUACAACGAUUUCUGUAUCGCCUUGAUGGCCCAUGGACUUGGCAAAACUGGAGACGUAGAAAAGUACAUCGGACGAUCCGAAAAUUGGAAAAAUAUGUACAAAGCCGAUCAAACAUCCUAUGUCAACGGAACAAUAGACGCUCCAAAUUCCAUUGUCGACAGCGGAUUCACCGGCUUUUUACAGCCCCGCUACUUAAAUGGUACAUUCGGCUACCAGGACCCUUCUCUCUGUUCCCCCCUCUACAACUUCACAUCCUGUUAUCUCAGCCCCACUGGCCACGAAACAUACGAAGGAAGUUCCUGGAUGUACACUUUCUUCGUACCCCAAGACAUGGCCACCCUGGUAACCACCCUCGGUGGCCCCUCAACCUUCGUAUCUCGUCUCAGCUAUCUCCACACAUCCGGACUUCUCUACAUCGGCGACGAACAAGCCUUCCUCCCCGUCUUCCAAUUCCACUACGCCGGACGCCCUGGCCUCUCCGCACAUUUCUCCCACUUCUACAUCCCCUCCCAAUUCAACGACACCGUAGCCGGAUUAGCAGGGAAUGACGAUUCAGGCGCCAUGGGUUCAUUCACCACUCUUUCCAUGCUAGGAUUAUGGCCCAUCUCAGGCCAAAACGUCUAUUUAAUCACACCCCCCUAUUUCCGUGAAAUCAGCAUCCGCAAUGGACAGACUGGAAAGGUGGCAACAGUAAGAAAUAUAGGCUUUGAUGCUACAUAUACAAAUAUUUAUAUACAGAGUGCGACAUUGAAUGGGGAGACUUGGACUAAGAAUUGGGUGACACAUGAUUUUUGGCUGGAAGGCGGAGUCUUGGAGUUGGUUUUGGGGAGGAAUGAAAGUUCUUGGGGGACGAGGGAGCAGGAUUUACCGCCUAGUGCUUCAACAAGGGAGUGGUAGAUGGUGCUUUUGAUGAUGAUGAAGAUGAUGAUGAUUGAUGAUGAUUGUUGAUGAUUGUUGAAUAUUGAGUAAAAUGUUGAAAGAGGAAUCUAGUGAUCGCAAAACCAUAAAAAAAAGAACUUGAAUAAUUCUCUUCUCAUAAUUUCUAAAUUCAUAUCUAGAAUUAUUCAUUUCAUUUCUUCUAGUCAUUGUCUGCAAAUAAAUACCUAGAUACUUAAGAUUCCUACUCAUCAAGUAGGUUAAUAACCAAGGAUUUAAAAAUA